GAACUGGCAAAAGUGACCAUCAAGAAGGAGGACCUGGAGCUGAUUAUGACAGAGAUGGAGAUCUCACGGGCGGCCGCGGAGCGCAGCCUUCGGGAGCACAUGGGGAAUGUGGUGGAGGCGCUCGUCACUCUCACCAACUGA